CUCUGCCGAGUCAAUCUCUUCCUCUAUCCUCGAGGUGAGAAAUUCCCCAUCCCCAUUCGAGCAGACCAGGCGCUGCAAGACCUAAUUUUACCUCUGAAUCGAGCUCGCGGCCGGCCGGCCGGCGUCGUGGACUCCAGUCCAGAUCGAUCUCGCUUGCCUCCUCCCCGCAGUCCGCACCUCGCGCAAUGGCCUCCAGAUCGAGCUCCUCUCCUAGGGUUUGAGUCGCCUCACUCAACCAAGCCGCUCUUCCGCUUCACGCCGUAAUCCCACGGGAGCACGCAGAAUCGAAGGAACACGCCCGCGUUGCCGCCGUUGCUCGCCGUUGCUCGCCGCCGCCGGACCCUCCUUCUCUGGCGCGUCCAGUCUCCGAGGUUCACUGGACUCGACGGAGCACGAUGCCGGACAGGAGAGGCGCGACCCUGCUCGAGGACCUGCCCGAGGAGAUCAUCAACAAGAUACUCGUCCUGUUGGGGUCCAAGGACGUCGGCCGCUGUCGGGUUGUGAACACUUCAUGGCGCAGUGCCACAUCCACACCUGAAUUCAUGCUCGAACACCACCGACGCCAGCUGUCGCUCCCCAUUGUGGAUGGUUGUGGAAAGCCUGCCAAUUAUGUCGUCUUCGGCGACGCCGGUGCUGGUGCCUCCAAUCAACAGCUUUGGCCUUUCCUCUCAAGCUCCAAACGCCGUUACUGGAAUCAGCCCAGAGCCGUCUGUGAUGGCUUCCUUAUAAUUUAUUGGGGACACAAAUUCUACAUCUGCAAUCCAGUUACCCGCAAGCAUGCUCUCCUACCACAGCCUCAAGUUGGGCAAGGCAUCCACAGUACCAUUGUCGGUUUCUACCAGCACCAUCCAACUGGAGAAUACAGGGUUCUCUGGGUCUCACGGUCACAAUCACAAUACUCCUCUGAAUCCAGCUUAUAUGUGCUCACAGUGGGAUCUGACAGGCCAAAGUUCAUCAGUGUCAGAAUGCCAACAGUCUCAUCGUCUUCCACACAACAGAAGUUAUUGAACCAGCUGCCCUCUUCAUCUGACUGUUCAUCACCCGUACACCACCGUGGCAGGCUGCACUGGCUUCCUUAUGAUGACAGCCACAUUACAGUAGGCGGUGGAGAUAUUAUUGUGUUCGACACAGAAACAGAGUCAUUCAGGUGGAUGUGCAGUCCCACCCAGCCCUGCCGUUAUAGGAAGUUGUUUGACAUGGAGGGGACGCUAGCUUGGUGUGGCGGCUCGGUUUCCAAGUCCACUUCUAUGGAUGUCUGGGUGAUGCAGGAUUACAAGGCUGAAAUCUGGGCUUUUAAGUACCGGAUUGACGUGUCAACGGUGGAGGCAUCAAGACAACUUUAUUUAACUUCUUUCAGAAAGAAAAAGAGUAGACCACUCGAAUCUGCGGUGCAAUUGUUUAAUGAUAUGUCUGUGCUAAAUGAGCGUGAGCUGCUGAUCAGGUUUAACCACAAACAUGUGUUGCGCUGUGAUAUUGAUGGCAAGUUCUUAGGUAUUGUGAACAUUGGAAAGCGUCAGUAUCGCAUGUGUCUUACCCACCACUGCCUCAAAGAGAGCGUUGUUCCAAUUCCAGGCCAUGAGAUGCAAACAGAUGAGGAGGCUCCAUUCUUCACAUAGCAUGUCUGAGUGAUCAUGACUCAUGGUUUGCUUUGCUUAGAUUCAGAUCAUGUACUAGCAGACCAGCAGUAGAACAUGCCAUUUUGGAUGGUUGCAGUAGCACCUAUGACGUCAUCAUUUGGUUCGUACGAUGAUGUGCUGAAUAUCCUGUUAAUGUUCUGAAGUAUCAAAUAUCGAUCUAUGAUAUUAGAACUUUAUAUUA